CAGAGUGCGCGGAGGUGAGUCGGUGUGUUGUGGACUCGUGGUGCUGGCUGCCGCUUUUGAGGCGGCCGGGAACGGGCGGUGGGGAGCAGGCGGAGGUGGCCCUUCCUCUGUCUGGCCGGCGCCGCAGUCGGCGCGGGCCGCGCCCGUCGCCGUCCACUGCCCUGAGCGCCUGCUGAGGCCAAGGGAGACGUCGGGGCCUGCACCUGGAGGGAGCCUGCCGCGCUGGCCCCAAGGAGGGGGCGUUGCCAUGGCAACAGCCUCUCCCGCAGCUGACGUGGGGCGGGGGCGGCCCUGGGAAGGAGGGCUGGUCUCCUGGCCCCCUGCCCCUCCCCUUACGCUCCCCUGGACUUGGAUGGGCCCGAGUUGGGGGCAACACCCCGGGCAUUGGGGCAUUCCAGCUCUCACAGAACCUUCUGCAUCCCCAGCAGCCAGUCUUGGCAUCUUCGAAGUAAGGAGAGUUUUAGAUGCUUCUGGAUGUUCAAUGCUAGCACCUUUACAGACUGGAGCAGCUCGAUUUUCUUCGUAUUUACUUUCAAGAGCAAGAAAAGUGCUGGGCUCCCACUUAUUUUCUCCCUGUGGUGUUCCGGAGUUCUGCUCCAUAUCCACCAGAAAGCUGGCGGCCCACGGCUUUGGCGCAUCCAUGGCGGCAAUGGUGUCCUUCCCUCCCCAGAGGUAUCACUACUUUUUAGUGCUCGACUUUGAGGCCACGUGCGACAAGCCACAGAUUCAUCCUCAGGAAAUCAUCGAAUUCCCCAUCCUGAAGCUAAAUGGCCGCACCAUGGAGAUUGAGUCUACCUUUCACAUGUAUGUCCAGCCCGUAGUCCAUCCACAGCUUACCCCCUUCUGUACAGAGCUCACCGGGAUUAUUCAAGCCAUGGUGGAUGGUCAGCCAAGCCUGCAGCAAGUGCUGGAGAGGGUCGAUGAGUGGAUGGCGAAGGAAGGCCUCUUAGAUCCAAACGUCAAGUCAAUUUUUGUCACCUGUGGAGACUGGGACUUAAAAGUCAUGCUCCCAGGCCAGUGCCAGUACUUGGGCUUGCCAGUGGCGGAUUACUUCAAGCAGUGGAUUAAUCUGAAAAAGGCUUACAGCUUCGCCAUGGGCUGCUGGCCCAAGAAUGGACUUCUAGACAUGAACAAGGGCCUCAGCCUGCAGCACAUAGGUCGGCCCCACAGCGGCAUCGAUGACUGCAAGAACAUUGCCAACAUCAUGAAGACACUCGCAUAUCGAGGCUUCAUCUUCAAGCAGACAUCGAAGCCAUUCUGAUUGGCCGAGGACAGGAUGGGGCAGGACAGGGUAGCUGUUUGGCCCAGCCCAGAAUCCUCUUCUCCCUCUCUAGAGGGGAAAAGGGAGAGUGGCACAGUUCUGCAUCCAGAGUGUCCCCCAGCUGCCGUGUGGGCUUGUGCCCUGGGCAAGUGCUUGGCCACUUGGCCCUUCUGGAGCAGACACUUUGUGCCCCCCGAUCCCCACCCCUCAGUCUCAGCCCAGUAUCAGCCCCUCCCAUUGUGGGCCCAGGCUAGGGGGACCCAGGCACUCACCGCCUUCUCCCUGGUACACAGGCUUCUGCUGGGGCCACCAAGCCCCCCGUGCCCCCUCCCAUCCAUAGUGCAUGGUGUGUGGUGCCCCCAGGGCUCCAGGACAGAUCAGGCCCCACCUUGUGUCUAUCCCCAUCCCCGCUGUGAACGUGCCACUGAAUAAAGUCGGGGAAAUGAGA